AUGGCUCCUGUGAAGGUCGGUGGCUCAGUCAAGCCGCGCAUGCUUAUCGUGGAUCGUGUCACGGAGACAUGUGACAUCAGCAUGAAGCCAAGUCGUGUCAAGAAAGGCUGGAUGCCGCCGCCUCAAACGCAGUGGAUUGUGCUUCGCCCUGACGAAACCUGUGAAGAGUACCUUGCUCGUGCCCUCAUCAAGUUUGACGACUGCUCCCUGGUUGCUGUCGUCGAUGCAACGCGUACAAGUGGUGGCAAGACGACGCCUGGUGGCAAGACGACGCCUUGCUACGACAACAGUGCUGUUACUCGCUUGAACCGACAAAAAGCCACUGCCGUCGCCGCCUCACCUCCUGCGGUUCCUUCCACGCAGAUUGACGCUGAGUCCAUGGAUGUAGAGGCCAAGGCCGAUGAAGAUGGAGGAGAAGAGCAGAAGAAGAAUCUGAAGCAUGUCUUCGGCUUUCAACUCGAUCAACCUUGCGCCGUCCGAGGAGGCUCCCGAUCACUUACGAGUGGACCGGUGGCAGCCAAGUUUCGCUGGACAGAAGCCCAGCUGGAAAUGCAAGCGUUGCGCCGCUCUCUAUGGCUCGUGCAAGACACCAACGGACACGAUCCGGUUGAGAUUGUGUGGCUUGCUGCUGCAAAUCAGGCUGGAACCGUCAGGAUGUUCAUUUGCAGAACUUGCAAGCGCAUGACCCAUCUUCCUAAGCUGUUCAAGAAAGCAUGCUCGGGAGUUGCUUUGGUGGAUGCUCGCCGCGUCCGCCGGCUAGUCAGUUGCCUUGCGCAAGAUGCCUGGUCAACCUGCGCAUGGACUCUGGCUGUGGAAAGGCGGCUCAGCUUCUGCCUCACUCGAAGUGGCGACCGUAAAGCCUUCAAGGAAAUCUGUUUCGGCAGGGACUCUCUUGAUGCCGUUGAGCGUAUGGCGCGGAAACGCAAACUUCAGUUCUAUGCUGCUAGGCCGUCCCUUCGAUCUGAUGGCCAUCCCACUGCUGGGUUGGCAGUCAUUGCCAAGUGGCUGCUUGCUCCCGAGAAGCUGCAGAGCUACGCUGAGAAAGCCUUGAUGAUAGGUGAUUGGAACCUCGUUCCAAACUCCAUUCCGGUGGUAGACUUCAUUGUCGCUCUUGCAGACGACACGGCGCUUGUAGCAGAGGUGCAGGCCCUUCGAGCUGAAAUCCGGCAACGCCAGGCUUCCUUGGAGGAGCAACGUGCCGAGAUCUUGGCCCUGCGGGAUGCCCGGCAGCUGCAGACCAGCGGCUGGGUGACGCGAACGGAGUUCAACACGCAGGUGGCCGCCCUGCAAGCCACGGAUUACAGCCUGGGUGGUGCCAUGGACUCCGCCUGGCUCUGCCUCUGCGGUGCCCUUGUCAUGUUCAUGCAUGCUGGCUUCGCAAUGUUGGAGACCGGCAGCUGCCGCGUGAAGAAUGCUUCCAACGUUUUGAUGAAGAACUUGGUGAACGUGUGCGUGGGUACACUGGGCUGGUGGGUCUUUGGCUGGGCUUUUGCCUAUGGCAGUCAGGGUACACCUGCUAACGGCUUCAUCGGGACAGACGGCUUCUUCGGCAUCGGAUUCUACACCAUUGAUGCUACCACCGGUGUCAUCUCGCCCCUGGCAUCGUGUGAUGCAGACGGAUGCCAGAGCACGAUGCUGAGCUGGUUCUUCCAGUGGGCAUUCUGUACUGCCGGCGCGACCAUCGUGAGUGGUGGCGUGGCGGAGCGUGUGAAGAGCCCCACUUAUGCGGUGUAUGCCUUCUUUAUGGCGAGCUUUAUCUACCCGAUCAUCGUCGCAUGGUCGUGGGGUGGAGGAUUCUUGGCCACCAUCACCUCAGUUGGUUACAUGGAUUUCGCGGGCAGCGGAGUUGUGCACUUGACGGGCGGUGUCAGUGCUCUGGCAGGCACGAUCGUGCUCGGCCCGCGCAAGGGUCGCUUCGAGAACCCGGAAGAGUUCGAGUGCCACAACUUGCCUCUGGUGGUGCUGGGCACCUUUGCGCUCUGGUUCGGAUGGUAUGGCUUCAACCCGGGCUCCACACUUGGCAUGCACGAUGGGGCCACAGGAGCUUUGGCAGCCCAAGUGGCUAUGAACACCACGCUGGCUGCUGCCACCGGCGGCAUUACGGUCUUCCUGCUGCGUUAUGUCAUCACGAAGAAGUACGAUGUCGGUGGCCUCUGCAACGGUAUCCUGGCUGGUCUUGUGUCCAUCACCGCUGGAUGCGGCAACGUGGAGUGCGGCAGCGCCUUCGCCAUCGGAUUGGUUGGUGCUUUCGUGUACGAGGGCUCUUCCAUGCUCUUGCAGAAGCUGAAGAUCGACGACCCUGUGGAUGCCAGCCCGGUGCACGGCUUCUGUGGCAUCUGGGGCGUGCUGGCGGCCGGCUUCCUCGACUGGGGCAAGGGCAUUGACCAGUACCACGGUUGGUCAGGAUGGGGCUGCGUGACCGAGGGCACUGCCUGCAAGACCGGUUUGGGCGGUGACGCCAUCGGCGCGCAGUUCGCUUUGAUCGGCAUGGUCAUCGUCUGGUCCGGCACGCUCUCCGGCCUCGCCUUCUUCGUCCUCAAGCUCACGGGGCUCCUCCGAAUCUCCGAGGAGGUGGAAGCCGUGGGCAUCGACACCCAGAGCGACACCUUGCUUCCUUUCGCACGCCGAAGUGGUAAGCAUAUCCCGUUCCGCCAGGUCAUAAUGAGAGGCUGCCUGCUCUUCACUGUUGGCCUGGCGAGCGUGAGUGCCGAUGUCUUCAACGAGAUGGAGUCUUUGCGUGCUGAAGUCUUGGCGCAAAGGCAGCUGAUCAAGGACCAACAGGAGCGCUUCCAGACGUUGGUGGACCCUCGCAGGCUUCAAACCUCUGGCUUGCUUACAACAGCUACAUUUGAUGCUGAGGUGCAGACGCUGAAGAACACGCAAUACAGCAUGGGCGGUGCGAUGGACUCCGCCUGGCUCUGCCUCUGCGGUGCUCUUGUCAUGUUCAUGCAUGCUGGCUUCGCAAUGUUGGAGACCGGCAGCUGCCGCGCAAAGAACGCAUCCAACGUUCUCAUGAAGAACUUGGUCAAUGUUACG